AUGGACGACUACGACGAAGCCGUGCUGUUCACAUGCUCGCUGCUGGAGUCGCGGCUGGCGCGGCUGGAAUACUUGCUGAGCGGGCCGCCAGCUGCGACCCCAGAGCGCCCGCAGACGAUCCCCGAGCGCAUGCACGCCAUCGAGCAGUCACUGCAGCAGCUCGCGGGCAAGACAGCGCUGCUCGACCGCGUCAACGAGCUGUUGACCAAGCACAAAGACGUCCUCGCCCCGCCCGCGGCCGCACGCACGGCUGCUCCCCUCUCCGUGGCCCAGAAGAGCGCGCUAGUAGUCGGGCGCGCAACCUCGCUGUCCACGGUCGCCUCGUCCCUCGCCUCGCUCGCCGACUCCAGCAUCCCCGACACGUCCGGGUUCGUCAAGCUCGCCGCGCUGCGGCCGCGCAUUGCAGAGGCCGAGGCGAGACAGCUGCAGCAGGCGCUCAAAGUGGCCGAGCUGCGGCGCCGCAGCGGGCUGGUGGUGCAGCGGGACAGGCAGGUGUUGGGGAUAGCGGGCGGGAGGGCGUGGGCGGGGCAUCAGGAACGGCUGGUGAAGGGGUACAGGGUCUUGCAGGGGGAGGCGCGGCGGAGGGCACAGGCAGAGGAGGGUUUCAACGAACAUGGAGCACGACGUGAGAAGGGAUUCAACGAGCGUGGAGCAUGGCCUCGUGAUCGGUUGUGA